AUGGUGAACAAGCCCAUGCGGUGCGCGUCUGCACGUCUCCGUGCGGACGCCGAAGCAGAAACCGCUGCAACCGAUGUGCCAUCGGUUGCUGAAGCGUCUCAGUCUGUGUCACCUCGUGAUGCAGACGCUCGUCAUGAAGACACUCAUGUCGUCACAGAGUAUGAGCUCGAUGUCUCAUACUCUCCUGAUACGAAAGAGGGAUCUGUAUCGAAGGCGGUUGAAGCCAAGCCGCCUGCCAAGCGUGGCAUGGAUGAUGUAGCAUCGUUGGUUCGUCUGACGAAUCAGAUGAACCAUCGCCAAAGCGAAGGCGCUCGAGAUCGCAAGACUCGGGCGCUCACAGUGGUGUCGGUUCUCCUAUUGACACCACUUCGCAACGAGAACCUUGAGGAUGUAGAUCGUGACGUUUGGAACGACAAACUUAUCAACGCUCGUGAUAAGUUUGAGAAGAGAACCCCGAUAGGCGCACGCUACAAGCUGCAUCGUCUGUCUAAGGAGGGUGGGUUACCCAGUCUCUCCUGGGGAGACCUGUGCCCUUGUUGUGUGAACAACUCAGCGCACGCACCUAAGGAGGCCUACCUCCUUAAUAGCCCGUGGUGGCGCGUACGUAUCUCUACUGAGAUGUACGAAGGGAUUGAAAACCUGAAAUCCCUUUACGACCGUGCCGGGAAGACUUUCUCCAGCGGUCCUUCUGCGGCACAGGAUGUGCCGCGUCGUACUGCUCAACCAGACCCAGUACGUAAAUCAUUAUUUGGGAGCGGGGCUUCCAACUAUUCCAGGAUGGGGGAUAACCGCGCCACCGGACGAGGUAACUCGUCCGACGUCCGUUCACAUCGCGGUGGUUCAACAGCUGCUCAACCAGAUAGCGCUGGCCACCGCGAGAGUCCUCCAAAGGAGGUGGAGGAGGAGGGAAAACGCUCUCCAAACUAUCGUGGGGGAGCGUGUGUCUCCGAGAGCUUCUUUGAUCGCGUAACUCUUGCGCUACGCGACGACCUCGAGUAUGAGCGGGACAGGCGUCUUCAACUGGCGGACACUGUCUCGAAGCAUCGAGCUGAGGUAGCUCGCGUGGAUAUUGACCGGUCUCGGGCUGAGAUAACUGCUCUUCAGACCCUUGUCGAUGGCCACCAUCGGGAGCACAAGGCUCUCUGUGAGAUGCUUGAGCGCAAGGGCGUUCUUCAUCGGAAGAAGCAGCGUACUGAUGGUACGGCUUAA